GCAUCUGUAACAGCAUCACCACUACUGUGUUCCGAUGGGUACCACCCUAGUACUACCAUGGAAUCCCAGAAAUUCGUAACUAAUUAGCUACUACUAAGUACUACUUUGUGGAUUCCUAUCGCAUGAUGGAUAGUAGUUCAUGUACUACUGUAGUACUCGUACUGCUAUGGCUAUCCACGUGUUGCCAGGCACUGGGUUCUUUAGUUAUCUUGAUACCCGAAAUCAGCACUACUGAGGUAGUACCCACUACCACUACACUAUCCACUAUACUGAUUGGUGUAUGUCUAUGGCAAUGCAAGAAGGCUGGGUACCUCGUAUCCCCAAUGACCCGGUACCAUUGGGUAUUACUGGUACUACUAGUAGUACUACAGGUGGUAGCAGUUGUAAUGGAGCAGUUGAGUCUACAGGGCUUGUCUUCCCUAAGCAUUGGUAUCAAAUGGACAGAUCCCAUUUACGGUAUUGUAGUUGUACUACUGGGUAUACUAGGCGGUACCCUUUACUGCGGAUGGAAGUGUAACCUAUUCUGUAGACCAUGUUGUAAGAGUCAGUACAUUUGCUAUGGUAGUGCAAUAGUGGUAGUGUUAUUGAUACUAAUAUUAUUGGCAGUGACAGCUUCAUUGGUACAGCAUCAACGCACUGGCGAAGAUCUUUCCUACUAUGACGGCGGAUAUGUGAUGUUAACUAUUUGCUACUUUUGUAAAAUAUUAGUCCCCUGUACUCAGUGCUAUACCAUGGCAGUGAUAUGGAAUACCAUACUGAAGUUACCAUGUACAGUACCGGAAGUGGUGGCACUGAUAUCAUCAGCACUUGCGGUGGCCUCCAUAUUGGCAGUGGCAUUUCUAGGCGGUAACAAUGAAGUACUACUUAGUACAUUAACUUAUCCCCUCUUAGCAUUCCACCUAGUGGCCUUGGGUAUUACCUGGUACUGCCUAGAGUAUAAAGAGAUAUUCUACUGGCCCAAGGAUUACCUGUGCUUUGGGGUAUUAGCAGUGGUACUAGUAGUGGUGUUGCUGCUGGCAAUUAUGUAUAUUAAUAAACGCACUGAGGAAACGAGCGAAUCUGUAGAAUAUACCCUUCUGGGCUACUCACUAGUACUGAUGGUACCUACACUGUGGUAUGCAUACCGAUGUGGUCUACUUACAUGGAGAUGGAGUUCUUGUAUCCCCAAGAAGAAGGGUCUCAAGGCUACUGACACUGCUGAGAACACGGUAACAGACACUGAUAUCGCAAAGGAAUCAUAGUGUUAAAUGUGACUACAGUACCACCCUGUGACACUUGAUGACCCAACUUUGGGUAGCCCAAUA